AGAGGAAGGAAGAGCGUCGAGGAGGCGGAGCCCGCGAGGCGCGCGGGCGGGCGGGCGCUCCUCGCAACUUUUUAGUUUGGGCGUCUGGAAGCCGAAGUUUCUGUCUCAGUUAGGACGCCGCCGCGGCCGGGGGCAAAGAAAGGGAGGAAGGAAGGAGCUCGCGGAGGGGAGGGGAGGGGAGGCGGCCUCGGGCAAGGAGUGCAGGGCGAUGCGGGCGCGCGUCGCGGCCCCCCGAACCUGAGCGCAGCGCCCCGAGCGUCGAACGAGGCCGCAGCCAUGGAGCCCGCGCAACAGCCGCCGCCCCAGCCGGCCCCGCAAGGCCCUGCGCCGCCGACCGUGUCUCCGGCCGGGACCCCCGCGGCCCCGCCCGCACCCCCGGCCGGCCACCAGGUCGUGCACGUCCGCGGGGACUCGGAGACCGACUUGGAGGCGCUCUUCAACGCCGUCAUGAACCCCAAGACGGCCAACGUGCCUCAGACCGUGCCCAUGCGGCUCCGCAAGCUGCCCGACUCCUUCUUCAAGCCGCCUGAGCCCAAGUCCCACUCGCGACAGGCCAGUACUGAUGCGGGCUCUGCCGGAGCUCUGACUCCACAGCAUGUUCGAGCUCACUCCUCUCCAGCUUCCCUGCAGCUGGGUGCCGUUUCUCCUUCGACACUCACAGCCAGUGGCGUUGUGUCUGGCCCUGCUGCCACCCCUGCAGCUCAACAUCUCCGGCAGUCCUCCUUUGAGAUCCCUGAUGAUGUACCACUGCCAGCAGGCUGGGAGAUGGCCAAGACCUCGUCUGGUCAGAGGUACUUCUUAAAUCACAACGACCAGACGACAACAUGGCAGGACCCCCGGAAGGCCAUGCUCUCGCAACUGAACGUUCCUGCCCCUGCCAGCCCAGCAGUGCCCCAGACGCUGAUGAAUUCUGCCUCAGGACCUCUUCCUGAUGGAUGGGAGCAAGCCAUGACUCAAGAUGGAGAAGUUUACUACAUAAACCAUAAGAACAAAACCACGUCCUGGCUGGAUCCAAGGCUUGACCCUCGUUUUGGUAAAGCCAUGAACCAGAGGAUCACUCAGAGUGCUCCAGUGAAGCAGCCCCCACCCUUGGCUCCCCAGAGCCCACAGGGAGGCGGAGGCGUCCUGGGUGGAGGCAGUUCCAACCAGCAGCAGCAGAUACAGCUGCAGCAGUUACAGAUGGAGAAGGAGAGACUGCGGUUGAAACAGCAGGAAUUAUUUCGGCAGGUGAGACCACAGGCAAUACGGAAUAUCAAUCCCAGCACAGCAAAUGCUCCAAAAUGUCAGGAAUUAGCUCUCCGCAGCCAGUUGCCCACACUGGAGCAGGACGGAGGGACUCAGAAUGCAGUGUCUUCACCCGGGAUGGCUCAGGAAUUGAGGACAAUGACAACCAAUAGUUCAGAUCCCUUUCUUAACAGUGGCACCUAUCACUCUAGAGAUGAGAGCACAGACAGCGGCCUCAGCAUGAGCAGCUACAGCAUCCCGCGGACCCCGGAUGACUUCCUGAACAGUGUGGAUGAAAUGGAUACAGGAGACACCAUCAGCCAAAGCACCCUGCCAUCACAGCAGAGCCGCUUCCCCGAUUACCUGGAAGCCCUCCCUGGGACAAAUGUGGACCUUGGCACACUGGAAGGAGAUGCAAUGAACAUAGAAGGGGAGGAGCUGAUGCCCAGUCUGCAGGAAGCGCUGAGUUCUGAAAUCUUGGACGUGGAGUCUGUGUUGGCUGCCACCAAGCUAGAUAAAGAAAGCUUUCUCACGUGGUUAUAGAGCUGCAGGGAGCCACUCUCUGAGUCUGUGAAGGAUCCACAGAGCCUAAGAUGUGCACGCCUGAAAUUCAAAUAAGUCAGUGGGGGAUUCUCUGGCUAACACAGAAAACAGAUGAACCAGUGUCCAGCAGGGAUCAUCCAUCCUUGUUCCGCUCUUCUCUGCCCGUCACUGCUCUUACGUUGCUGACCUCUUCAUGGCCGGCCCUAAAAGAACCAGAACCACAAACAGAACCCUUUGUUAACUUUGCUAUGAUAACUACCAUUCUCUGGGAUUGCUGGGGGAUAGCCUGCUGGAUAGUGGAUGUUUUGCCUUUUGUCCAGUGGUCUUUUCACCCAUCGUUUUAAAUGAACACACAGACUGGGAACUGAAAUGCUUUAGAGCAUUUGUUCAAGAGGUGGUUUCUUCAGCUGCCUUUGGCCCUUGGGUCCAACAAGCCAGAAGCAUUGCGUCUGAUCUCACAGAAGAUGGAGAAGACCCAUGCUGCCAACUGACGGACUUUCCAUUUCUUUUAGUGAUACCGUUAGGCACAUAGUGACCUGGAUUUGAUCUUAGAAGCUUAUGAGGCAUGAAGCAGUUUCCAUAGAAAUAUAUUAAUUAUUACCACAUA